AUGGCGACGGAAAUGGUCGGAGGACAGAGCGACGAUGUUCACCAGCAGCCUACCCACAUCCCCUCUGCCCCCAUGGACGGUUACGGUUUGCCGGAACUUCGUCUGAAGCGAAAGAUGAAUGAUCCGGAGAAGACGCCGCUGUUGCUGGUCGCAUGCGGGUCCUUCUCGCCCAUCACCUAUCUCCACCUGCGCAUGUUUGAAAUGGCCGCCGAUUAUGUCAAAUUCAGUACCGACUUUGAAUUGCUCGGAGGAUAUUUGUCACCAGUGUCGGAUGCGUAUCGCAAGGCUGGUCUCGCCAGUGCUGAGCAUCGGGUUGCGAUGUGUCAAUUGGCGGUCGACCAAACCUCGGACUGGCUCAUGGUGGACACGUGGGAACCGAUGCAGAAGGAAUACCAGCCCACGGCCGUGGUGCUGGACCAUUUCGACCACGAGAUAAACACGGUCCGUGGGGGUGUCGAUAUCGGAAAUGGAACCCGGAAACCCGUCCGGAUUGCCUUGCUGGCGGGCGCGGAUCUGAUUCACACCAUGUCCACCCCUGGGGUGUGGAGCGAAAAGGACCUUGACCACAUUCUGGGCAAAUAUGGCUCAUUCAUUGUCGAGCGUAGCGGGACCGACAUUGACGAGGCAUUGGCGAGCUUGCAGCCGUGGAAGGACAACAUCUAUGUGAUCCAGCAGCUCAUCCAGAACGAUGUCAGCAGCACCAAGAUCCGGCUGUUCUUGCGACGCGAGAUGAGCGUCCGCUAUCUCAUUCCGGUCCCAGUCAUCCACUAUAUAGAGCAGCACCACCUCUACGAGGAGGACGGUACCACGACCGAGAAGGGCAAAGAGCGAGAUACCGGGAAGUCGGGGUGA